ACCAACCCCUAAGUGGGCGGCGACAAAAAACACGACUUGUUUUGCUCUGGUAGUUUUAUGCACCCCAGUGACCACAACUCAUCAAAGCAAAAGGAGCUGUUUUCAUCCCAUCACAAUCGUAAAAGUUUGGGGGAACAAUAUUGAUCAACCUACCAUGGCUCGCCGUGUGGCCGUGAUUGGAGCAGGGAGCUCGGGCCUUGUCUGCAUCAAGACCUGCCUUGACGAGGGCCUGGAGGUCGUCUGUUUUGAGAGCAGCGAUGACAUCGGUGGUCUGUGGAGAUUUAAGGAGAACCCAGAGCCAAAUAGAGCCAGUAUCUAUCACUCGGUCAUCAUCAAUACCUCCAAGGAGAAGAUGUGCUACAGUGAUUUCCCUAUCCCUGCUGAAUACCCUAACUACAUGCACCACUCCCGCAUCAUGGAGUACUUCAGGAUGUACGCCGAACACUUCCAGCUCAUCAACCACAUAUGCUUCAAGACUACAGUGCUCAAGGUGUCGCAGAGACCUGACUUCUCCCAUUCUGGUCAGUGGGACGUGGAGACGGAGAACAGUGAAGGGAAGCAGCAGAAGCACAUCUUUGAUGCAGUGAUGAUCUGUAUUGGACACCACUGUCACCCAAACAUGCCCCUGCACGACUUUACAGGAAUUGAAACGUUUAAGGGAGUGUACUUCCACAGUCGCAACUACAAGACCCCUGAGCAGUGGAGGAACAAGAAGGUGGUAGUGAUUGGAAUAGGAAACUCGGGAGGAGACAUCGCUGUGGAACUCAGCAGGGUCACCAAGCAGGUUUACCUGAGCACUCGGAGGGGGGCUUGGAUCCGAAACCGAGUUGGAGACAAUGGCUGGCCCUGGGAUAUGACUGUCAGCAGGGCCUUGAUACGUUUGAGAUCACUCCUCCCAUUUAAUCUCGUCUGCAACAUGGUAGAGAGAAGCCUCAAUCAACGGUUCAACCACAGGCUGUACAAUCUAAAACCAAAACACAGGUUGUUUAGUCAACAUCCAACCGUCAGUGAUGAUCUGCCCAACCGCAUCCUGUCCGGAACAGUUCAGGUGAAACCCAACAUCCGCAGAUUCCAAGGAUCCAGUGUGGAGUUCGACGAUGGCAGUGUAGUAGAGAAUAUUGACCUAGUGGUAGGGGUAUUUGCCACUGGGUACAGCUUUUCAUUUCCGUUUCUCGCCUCCAAUGUGCUGCCAGUCUCUGGGAACAAGGCCUCACUUUAUAAGUACGUGUUCCCUCCGGAUUUGGAGAGGAACACGCUGGCCGUCAUCGGACUCGUGCAGCCGCUGGGAGCCAUCAUGCCCAUCUCUGAGAUCCAGGCCCGGUGGGCCACCCGUGUUUUCAAAGGAUGUUGUAAGUGUCCUUCAGUCGCCGCCAUGCUGAAAGAGGUUGAGUGCAAGCAGGAGACCAUGGCCAGAAGGUACGUAUCCAGUCCAAGGCACACCAUCCAGGUUGACUUUGUCGACUACAUGGAUGAGGUAGCAGACCAGUUUGGGGUGCGACCCAGUAUUCUCAGGCUGUUUCUGACCGACCCCAGAGUAGCACUCAGUGUACUGUUCGGCCCCUCCACCCCCUACCAGUACCGUCUGAGAGGUCCAGGAAAGUGGGCCGGGGCUCGUCAGGCUAUUCUGACACAGUGGGACAGGGUGAUCCAACCCAUGAUGACCAAUGGAUGUAAUCACCCUGAGCCCAAGCGCUCUGUCCUAGUGCCCUUGGCUCUGCUGGCUGCUGCGCUGGGUGUGGCUUCCUAUUAUAACAGGAACAGCCUCCCCUCCAUACUGUAGGACCCGUCUGCAUUUCUUAAUCAGGGCUUUAUGCCUUCAUGGGGAGCUGGAAAUAGUGUUUAAAGACAAGGUGCUAUGCUCCUCCUAAAAUUUAAGGCUGAUGUCAUUUUGGUGUUUCAGGGUUUGAUUCAGAGUAAUUGCUUCAGUCGAUUUGGGUCAUAUUUAAAUAUUAAGAGGUAGUUUAUCUAUCUUUAGAGGUGAUAAGAUAUAUACAUGUAGCAAUAACGUAUGAAGAUAUUACAUGCUUAUUGUAUGCACUUGACAUGAUCAAGAAAAUGCCCAAAAAACUAUUAACAAAUCAUCCUGACACAACGAAAUUGAUGAUGCAAGGUUUGGAUUUUUCUAACGUUAAAUGAUGAAAUAUGCUGUAGAGAUGGUUAGAAUAGGUUUUUUAAACAAUGAAAUACACUAUAGAUAUGGUUCAAAUAUGUGCACAUAUCAAUUGAAAGGAUUAACUCUAAAUAAUCUCUUGCUAAAUCAUUGUUUUUGCCUAGACUUGAUAGGACCGAUCACUAGAGUCCCUCAGUCAGCUCAUUAAUAAUUUAAACGUUUUUGUAAGAUGUAUGUAGAUACAUAAUUUAGUUAUUAUGUAGGAGUAUACAGUUGUUCCUUGUGUUAAAACAUACUGCAUUGAGAUAAACUAAUCCUAUUCGCUCUAUUAAUAACAUGCUAUUAAAUCAAUCGUUGAAUAUAA